CCCCUGCAUCCCGCCAGCUCUCUCUCUCUCUCUCUCUCUCUCUCUCUCUCUCUCUCUCUCUCUCUCUCUCUCUCUCUCUCCCUUCAUUUCUCCUGAUGCGCUGAACUUCCACUGACCGAUCAAACUGUGAGAUCUGAACUGAAAGCCCAAGACCACUUCUCUCAUCUGAAUCUCUCUGCAGUUUUCUGCCGCUCGGAUUCAGCUUUUUCCCGCUCUCUUGCUCUAAAGCCAUGCUGAGAGACAGAUUGCGGGAUAUGGUGGUUGCCAUGGUGUUAUGGGGUGUCUGGCUUCCCUCCUGUCUAGGCCAGACCACCUCACCCUCUCAAGAUGGAAAAAUCAAGAUUCGUCUGGCCGGAUAUCCCCGCAAGCACAACGAAGGGAGAGUAGAAGUGUUUUACAAUGGAGAGUGGGGCACUAUCUGUGAUGACGACUUUACGUUGGCCAAUGCUCAUGUUCUAUGCCACCAUCUAGGGUUCGUGGAGGCAACCAGCUGGUCGCACAGUGCCAAAUACGGAGCGGGCACAGGCAAAAUCUGGCUGGAUAAUGUCAUGUGUGGAGGAACUGAAAACAGUAUAGAGAAAUGUGUAUCUCGCGGCUGGGGGAACAGUGACUGCACCCAUCAGGAGGAUGCAGGGGUCGUCUGUAAGGACGAGAGAAUUCCGGGUUUCACAGACUCCAACAUUAUUGAGAUGCAGGUGGAUGAAAACAGAAUGGAGAAGAUUCGUCUGCAUCCUCUCUCCAGUGCCCAUGCCAGCCGCAUGCCCAUCACAGAGGGGGUGAUUGAGGUGAAGUUUAAGGAAGGAUGGGGACACAUCUGUAACACUGGCUGGACCACCAAAAACUCUCGUGUGGCGUGUGGCAUGAUGGGGUUCCCUUCACAGAGGACUAUGAGAACUAUACCACACAGUACCCAGAGUGUGUACCGGAUCCACUCUGUGUCCUGCACAGGAAAUGAGGCUCAUCUGUCAGCGUGCACUAUGGAGUUCAAUAAAGCAAACUCUAGAACCCCCUGUCCUGGUGGAGGACCGGUCGCAGUCAGCUGUGUGCCAGGGUCCCUGUUCACACAGGGCCAAGCACGCAGAGUCAAGCACAAUCCAAUGUCACAGGUGCGUCUUAAGGGCGGGGCGAAGGCAGGUGAGGGUCGUGUGGAGGUGCUAAAGGGGAGUGAGUGGGGUACAGUGUGUGACGAUCGCUGGAGCCUGCAGUCUGCCAGCGUGGUGUGUAGAGAGCUGGGUUUCGGCACUGCUAAAGAGGCUCUGACUGGAGCACGAAUGGGCCAAGGCAUGGGUCCCAUCUACCUGAAUGAGGUUCAGUGUCAUGGAGAUGAGAAGAGCUUGUGGGAUUGCCCACAUAAGAACAUCACUGCUGAAGACUGCAAACACAUGGAGGAUGCCUCCGUCAUCUGCAACGUUCCCUACAUGGGAUACGAGAAAACGAUCCGUCUGACAGGGGGACGUACAAGGUUGGAGGGGAGGGUGGAGUUGCUGCUCUCUUUAGGCAGUGGGGUGAGGGACUGGGGUUUGAUCUGUGGGGAUGGAUGGACGUCUCGAGAGGCCAUGGUAGUGUGCAGACAGCUGGGGAUGGGACAUGCCAGAAGUGGCUUGAGAAUCCGUAUGGUGGGGGGCAGGACGGAUCACGAGGGUCUUGUGGAGGUUCAGGUCAAGUCCAGGUGGGGAACUGUAUGCAGUGACAACUGGACAACGAGAGAAGCCAUGGUGGCGUGUAGACAGUUAGGCCUCAGUUACUGCCUGCAUGCUAUCACUGAAACGUGGUACUGGGACAGCAGUAAUGUCACAGAGAUGGUGCUGAGCGGGGUGAAAUGUAAGGGAGAUGAGAUGAUUCUGUCCGACUGUCAGCAUCAUUCUGUCAUCACCUGCAACAGAGCUGGAGCGCAGUUCUCCGCUGGCGUCAUCUGCUCAGACACGGCUUCUGACCUGGUCUUGAAUGCCCCAUUGGUGGAGCAGACUGUUUACAUCGAAGAACGACCCCUACACAUGCUGUACUGUGCGGCAGAGGAAAACUGUCUCACCAAAUCUGCUGCUAAAGCCAACUGGCCGUACGGCCACCGUCGCCUGCUGCGUUUCUCCUCCCAGAUCCACAAUAUCGGCAGGGCUGACUUCCGGCCAAGGCUCGGCCGCCAAUCCUGGGUGUGGCACGAAUGCCAUAGGCACUAUCAUAGUAUGGACAUCUUCACAUAUUAUGACCUGCUGUCUCUAAAUGGGACCAAAGUGGCAGAAGGACAUAAAGCAAGCUUCUGCCUGGAGGACACUGACUGCCAUGAAGGUGUUAUGAAGCAAUAUGAAUGUGCUAACUUUGGUGAGCAGGGCAUCACAGUGGGCUGCUGGGACUUGUACAGACAUGAUAUUGACUGCCAGUGGAUUGACAUCACAGAUGUUAAACCAGGAAACUACAUUCUACAGGUCGUGAUAAACCCCAACUUUGAGGUAGCUGAGACUGACUUCACCAACAACGCUAUGCGGUGCAACUGCAAAUACGAUGGCAACCGUGUCUGGUUGCAUAAAUGUCAUCUUGGUGAUUCGUUUAGUGAGGAUGCUGAAAAACAGUUUGAGCACUAUCCUGGGCAGCUGAACAACAAGAUCUCAUAACACUGUGCAAACGAGAAAGCAAAGGAACACCCAAGAAUCACAUGGAUCUGGACUGAAACAUUUUAAUCACUUUAUAUUGCUAUUUAUUCUCAUUUGGAUCUGAUGCUACUGCGGUCCAAGCACAUAUUCUUAUACUGAGUUUACUCUCUGAUCAGGUCAUUGGAAAUAUAGAAUUAUCAUGAAGCCAAAGGCCUCAGAGACAGAACAGAGCUGUGAUUGUGGCCUGAGCUUUAAUGUAAAUAUAAUGAAUCUGUGGUUAGAGGAACACAAUGACUGUGCACUUCCUAUAUCAUGAAAGCAAUGAACUUCGGAACAGACAUCCGCAUGAAACAAAAGUUUGUCAUUUUUAAACAUAGAGUUAUAAAAGAUUUUCAAAUGUUUACAGACUGCGAGUUUACAUGUAACUUCAAAUCACAGUAUGUACAUUAGUUUUUGCCAAAGCAGUAUUUUGUAAUGCGACUCCCCCUGUGUUACAUUUCUGUACAUUUGUAGUAGUUCCAGGAGAUUUCUGGAAUAUUCUGUAAGUGUUUGUAAAAUAUAUAAAACUGCACUUUUUAAAA